AUGCAAGCUCAUGAGGGGGUUAUUCUACCUCUUCCUGGGGCAGACGGCAGUGCUAGAUCCCCGGAGCGAUAUGGGAAUAUAGUCAGAUUUCAAUCAGAGCUAGAGUUUGUACAAUGUCUCGCGAAUCCACUGUAUCUCAAGGAACUGUAUACUCAAGGACUGUUGGAUAAUGCAGAAAUGUUGAAUUAUCUAAAGUAUCUGGAUUACUGGAGAGAGCCAGAGUAUGUUCGGUUCAUCGUGUAUCCAACAUGUCUCGUGUACCUGACUCUGAUACAGCAAGAGACUUUCAGAUCGAGAUUAGGGGAUCCGGCUUUCAUAGAAGAAUUGAGAAGACUGGGAACGAGGCAUCACGAGACUUGGUGA